CUUAGAUUUGCAGUCUAGCAAAAGAAUUUGUGUUUUACGGUUCGUGUCGUCGUGAAACAAGUUUAAAAUGGCUUAUAGGCGGUUUCUUACUCAAAAAGAAUUAGUAGAAGCUAUGGAGGAGAUUGUUUUAGAACAAGAGGAAGGGUAUAUCGAUGGGGUUUAUAUCCCACCAGACCCUGAUGUCCUUACCGACGAAGAGACCUUUGAUGAUGAGGCCAAUUUAUGCGAAGUAGGGGAGCCGAAAAAUAUAGCAGGGACAUUUGAGUUACAGGGUCCCUCAGGCAAGGAUUUUCAGGCUGAAGCUGAGAGAGUGGGUAGUGACAAAAGGUCUGAGAAGGAUCUGCCAACUUCGCCAGGUACUUCAAACUCGCCGCACUUUAAACAGAAUUUGGAUGACGAUUCGUCCGACGAUGAAACGCUUGCUUCCAUUGCAGUCCCCAAGGAGCAAAAUGGGAAAAAGGUGAGAUCAGCUACACACACUCUCCAACCUCAGUAGAAUUUCAAAAUAAAGAACAUUAAAAAAAUCUAUAUAGUGGAAAGACUCCAUUAGAAAUUUUCUUUUUGUUUUUCGACGAUGAAGUUGUAAACCUAGUAUUAGAGUUUACGCUAAAAUAUGCUAGAGAUAAUAACCGCCAUAGCUUUUUAUUGCAGAAAGAUGAAUUUUUAGGUUUUAUUGGCAUUCUCCUUUUAUCGGGGUAUCAUAAGCUUCCACAAAAUAGACUUUAUUGGUCCAAUGAUGAAGAUAAAGGUGUUGAUGUAGUGAAAAAUUGCAUGAGUAGAAAUAGAUUUCAAAGUAUCUAGCGAAACUUGCAUCUUUCUGACAAUGAAAAGCUAGACAAAACUGACAAAUUUUCAAAGGUGCGUCCAUUUUUAAUAUUCUAAACAAAAAAAAUAUGCAAUUCGGUGUUUUUGUUCACAAUUUAUCUAUAGAUGAACAAAUGGUGCCUUAUUUCGGUAGGCACUCUUGUAAGAUAUUUUUGAAGAGCAAGCCCGUUCGAUUUGGGUUUAAAAUUUGGUGCCUUUGUUCAUCUGGGGGGUAUCUUUUUUAUUCUUUCCAUAUGCAGGACAGGACCCCAAUAAAAAGUACUCUUCACUUGGACUUGGUGGCGAUGUUGUUCUAAGUCUGCUGUCGGUAGUAGAAAAGCCUAUAAACCACCAAAUAUUUUUUGAUAACUUUUUUCCUCAUUUAAAUUAUUUGUACACUUGAAAAAUAAUGGCUUUUUUGCUACUGGUACCAUCAGGGACAACAGAACUAACAAAUGUCCAGUUGAAGAUCCUAAGUCGAUAGGAAAGAAGGACCGUGGGACCUACUCAGCGGCAUAUGACAAAUUAUCAAACGUCUUAAUAGUUCGUUGGAACGACAAUUUGGUGGUGACUGUUGCUAGUAAUACUUUUGGCGUUGAGCCUAUUAGUCGUGUGAAAAGAUUUGAUAGGAAAAAAAGAGUCGAUAAGUCUGUUCCUCAAUCCAAUGUUAUAUCUCAAUAUAACAAGUAUAUGGGGGGAGUGGAUUUGCACGAUAAUGGCAUCGCCAAUUACAGGUGUAAUGUACUGGGAAAAAAGUGGUGGUGGCCUAUAUUCAUCAAUGCCAUUGACAGCCUAACUGUCAAUGCAUGUAAAUUUUAUAACAUUUUCAAUGAUACAUCAAUGUCGCAACUUGAUUUCAAAUCCUAUAUAGCACUUCGUCUUAUAAAAACAAAGAAAAUCACGGUAAUUAGAAAUCUUGCAACAGGAAUCAACGAAUUACGUUUCGACAAUAUAGGCCAUGUGUUGACCCAUAGUCCUGACAAGGCACGAAGGAGGUCUCGAAUAUGUCACAGUCAAACUGUAUACACGUGCCAAAAGUGUCAAGCGCACCUACAUACUACUUGCUUUGCUGAGUAUCACACGGCGCCAUAAAACGUAGUACCAAAUAUUAUAUCGUAUCGUCCCACUGAUGCGUUUUCGCAACAUUAUGAAAUGUAAAAUAUGUUUUGUUCUACACUUUUUUUGUGAAAUAUUUGUUUAUUUUUAAUACAAUCAGUUAAUACUAGA